AUGGAACAACAAGACAAUCCUCCAAAGCAAGCUCAUUCCAAUGAGCCUAGAGGUGGCGAGGACAAUCAAAUAAAAGACAAACGGAAACGGAAACCUCAAAGAAAUAAACAAAGAGGAGGUAAGAAAUCUGGUCAACCAGAAGGUACUAAAGAUCUUACAACCAAUAUUCGAUUCCUACAAAUUUCUAAAUUAAUAAGAGCAUUUAAACCAGUCACAUUAAAUGGCACUCCAAUUAAAACAUUAAUCAAUCAAAUCAAAGAGAAAGAAACCAAUGAACCUGAUUAUUUUAAGAAUCAAUAUAAGAAUCAUGCCAGAUUAUCCAAUCUACAAAAAUAUUUAUUGGAAUUUAUGAAGAAUCAACCAGAUUCAACUAUUUAUAUAUCAAUGUGUUUAAAACCAUCAGAUCCCGAAUUUCCAUUUGAGUUAGAUAGAUUACAAUUGAAUAUAAGUAUUCCUGCCAAUUAUCCUAAAGAUAAGACCCAACGGCCAAAAAUUGUUGUUUUGAAUGACGAUAUUCCAAGAGGAUUUGCCGUGAAUGUAGAACUUGGAUUUAAAAGAAUUGUGACAAUUGCACAAGGACAAUUAGUUGACGAAGAGAUUGAAUUAGUGGAUGGCCCGGGAUUAUUAUCGAUGAUAUUGACAUUGGAUAAAUAUUUAGAAUUAUUUUUGAAACAAGAGAAGAAAGAGACUAUUAAGUUCGUUAAGACUAUAAAGAAACCUGAACCGGUGAAGAAGGAACUGGCGAAGAAGCCCGAACCGAAACCAAAACAAGUUACGAUAAAUAAACAAGUGAAACAAGUCCCCCGUGAAGUAUUAGACAUGAGAAAUCAACUUAUUGACCAAAUGUGUAGUAAAUUGGGUGAGUCCGUCAAACUAUUCAAGAAAUCAUCUCAAGAGAAUUAUUACAAGGUUACAUUACCAGUUCUUAAUAUCAAUUCUGAACUUAUUCCUGAACUUUGGAGAAGAAAUAAAUCUAUAGAUGUCAUGCUUUCAAUUCCAAUCAAUUAUCCAGAAGGUCAACUAAGUAUAUCUAUGGCAAAUAACUUUAGUUCUAAUUUGAUUUUGAAUUAUUGUCAAGAUGAUCAAUUCAAAUUAGUUCAAAUAACAAAACAAUAUCGUGGUUAUGAAAAGAAUUUAAUGAAUAAUUUUUCAAAGUUUAAAUUUGAUACUAACAGUUUGUUGAUUGUAUUGAAUUGGUUAUCUAAUAAUAUUGGAUCAUUUUGCCUUUCAGAGAAGGAAUUCAAUACUUGGAAAGAGAAUCUUUUAAUAUAUUUGCAAUGA